CGCAUCCACCCACACCAACGAAAGUCACUUCUCCCUCCACACCAACGCCGCACGCACAGUGACUACACACAGUUCUGUCGCUCCAUCGCCGGUCCCAGUCAAGUUCCCAGCUCCCGGUUCCCAGUCCAUCGGCGGUUCCAGUCCCGUGGCACCCAGGUCUCACUCGCUCGCUCGGUCGAUCGGGGGGGGGCUCAUUUUCAAGUCCCCAAGUUCCAAGAUCCCCAUCGCGUGCGUGGCCACUCCAGGCCGCACACCCAAAACCCGCACGUUGCCCGCCCACAGCCAUGGCGCCCCGAACGCCCAACUCCGGCUCGACGCCCAUCUUCUCAACCUCCAUCUUCUCCUCCUCCUCCGCCUCCCGCCCGGUCACUCGCGACGGCGGCAGCGUCGAUCCCCUCGCCACCGCCCUCAAGGACCGCAAGCCGUCCUUCUCGCGCAAGUCGUCCCUCUCCCGCCGCGGCAGCUCCUUUGGCAACGGGCCCAAUGCCUACGUGACCGAUGCCGCCGCGCCGCCUGCCCUGCCCGACUACGCCCUCGCCGCCGCCGCGAAGAUCACGCCCCGAGCAGACAUCCGCGAGUCUGACCCUCCGGCUUCCGCCUCUAUCCAUCACUCCUCCUCCGCCUCCACUGCCGCCGACUCCGCCGUCACCAUGCAGAUGCUGAGCCGCAGCGCAACCGGGUCCACCCUCCACCUGGGAUCCAUGCCUCCGCCCGCGACUCCCAUGUCCGGCCCCAACGGUGCUAUCGGGUCUGGCACUCUCUGGCAGCAGUCCGAGGCUGGACUGGCUCACCAGCAGAUCACCGAGGUCGCCAACAAGCGCAUCUCGACCCUCGAGUACUUGCGCAAAGCACACGAGGGACGCAUAUACUGGUUCAACACAUAUCUCUUCGACAAGCCCGACUUUAAUCGUAUGCCUUACUUCGACUCGCGAAAGAUCGGCCGCAAAGCGACGAACCACCUCCUCCUAGGCCUGUCCCUCCCCACCAUCGUCGACCUCUAUUCCUCCACGCCCAUCGAGUUCCUCCGCAGCCUCAACACCCUCCUCUCCGAGUUCGAUUCCUUCCAGCAGCUACACAGCGACUCCUCCACCGCCGCCUCCCUCACCCGCGCCCGCCUUCCCAGCAUGUUCCGCCGACAGGGCGGCAAGUCCCGCCGCUCCACCUCCGCCGCCGACAUGCACCCCAUGCUUGACGAAUUCUCCGCCGUGCCGGCCGCCGGCGCCCCGACCCCGUCCGUCAUGAACUUUGCUGCGUCCGAGACGGAUCUGCUUCCUGGCGAGGAGUACACCUACCUCCUGACGCCCUCCCUACCGUUCGACCCGGACUACUUUGAGACGUUUGCGACACUGUGCGACGUCUUGAUCGACUGUUACACACGGUUCCUCACCCUCGUGCCCUCGCCGCGCGAGUGCACCGCCCCCGUCGCCGAGCUGUUUGGCAAGGCCGAUUCGCGAGUGCGCAAACUCAUUGUCCAGGGCUUCGUCAGGGAGUUUGAGGACCACAGCCGCACCCUCAUCAAGUCGGAGGUGGCGAGCAUCGGCAAGGUUGUUCUGGGCGGCUUAAUGUGAGGGGCUUUGUCGCACAGGGCCAAGGCCGACGUUUCAAAACUGUGUUCUGCAUCGGAGUUCUGGGUUGGAGGCAAGUCACGAAUAUCCCGGUGGUGUGAUCUUGCUGGGAGUUUGGGUAUCGGGCGUCAAUGAUUCGGGAUAGAUU